AUGUUGAGCGAGAAGGUCCUGCCGUUUGGAAUGGGACACAGGACAAACUGCAUCCUGCAAAUCGAGGGCUCCGACUCCGAAAACGGCUAUGUCCUGACAGAAAGGGAACCAGACACGCCUAAGAGUAUAGAGCAACUGGAAAUUUCCAUCAAGAAGCUGGCUGAUGCCCUGAAAAAUAAUGAGAGCAAUUUUGUACGGAUUCUCUUUCCAAAAACCAAGUGUCGACUUCUCAGAGAGGGGGUAGUUCUCGUGGAAGGUCCUGGGAUAGGCGUGACUACUGAACUUAAUCUAUGGUUGGACAAGUUCUGCCUGGAUGCCGAUGUGUUUGUUCUCGUGUCCGACGCAGUGGCUACUCUUACACAGACGGAGAAGAAUUUCUUCCAAAAGGUCAGCGAGCGUCUUUCUAGCACCAAUAUCUUCGUCCUUCUCAACCGCUGGGACCAAUCCGUAUUCGAAGAUGACGUAGCGGAGGUGCGAGAACAACACAUCGACCGACACCUUGAAUUUCUGUAUCAAGAGCUGAACGGAAUGGAUCGGGACAAAGGGCUCGAACGCAUUUUCUUUGUCUCUGCGAAAGAGGCGCUAAGUACGCGUCUCGUCGAGAAAGGCGAAGAACGUGCAAAAGCUCAACUCCCGGGGCAAGAAGAAAGGCACAUCCGUUUUUGCAAUUUUGAAAGAGCAUUGGAGGAGUGUAUGUCACAAACUGCUGUAAAAACGAAGUUUGAGCGGAACAAUAACCUCGGCAAGAGCAUCACGACGGAGAAUUGUGCCUUGGUAAAAGACAUUCUCAAAAGCAUUCGGCAACAUAUUGAUCGUAUGAGAUUCGAUCGGAAUGAGAUGGCAAAACAUCUGGACUUCAUGGAAAGACAACUCACCAUGUUCAAAUGUGAAUUCAAAUACAAGAUUACUAAAACCGUUGCGGGCGUCUGUACCGAGAUCGCCAAAAUGUUAACGGAUGAAAUCAAUCGCCUACCAAUACUUGUGGGAGCGUUUAACAAACCGUUCCCGGACGACCAAAAUUCACUGAACGAGUAUACACAGGUCUUGAGUACACACGUCGAAAUAGGCCUUAGUCGCAAGGUGGAAUUGCGCUGCACUGAAGCCCAAAAGUCCGCGCAAAAAAACACCAUGCAGGAAAUGACAGACAAAAUGGUUGCCAAAAUUGUCCCAGAAGAAUAUCAAACGAAAAUCCAGAAAGUGAUGCAUUGGCAUGACAAUAACUUCGCUUUCCGAAACGGUUUUGGCUCUCGAGACCUGUUUGCCGAGUUUAACGGUUUUGGCUCUCAAAACCUGUUUUCCGACUUUUUGAAGAUGCUUGGCUUCGAUUUCAACAUCCCUCUGGAAGAAAUAAAAAAGUGGAUUUACGUAGUGACAGUCACACUGGCGUUGGCUAUCCUAUCUCGUUUUUUACCGAAGAAGUUUGUCGUGUUAGGUGUGUUAGGAGUGGUAGGUCUGCCCUUUUACAAUUACUACAACAACCUAUGGUUUAAAGAACAAGAUUUCAAGACCCGAUACGUUGAAUACGUGAGCACACAGCUGAGAUCCAUUGUCUCCAGUUACAGCACAAUCUGCAGCGAACAAGUAGAACGAGUGUUGAGUUCGACAUUUGACGAGCUAUGCAAGGAGGCGGGCAGUAUAGUAGACACACUUAAGAAGGAGGUGGAACAGCAGGACAUUACCAUUAAACAGCUCGAUUCGAUUGUCUUGAAGGCUGAAGCAUACUGAGAUAAAGCAGAGAGAUUGCGCAAAGCCUUUGACAAGUUUGAGGAGCAAUUUUUAACAGUUCCCGGCAACGACCCCCUCUCUCCAUGAUAAGAAUUGAAUUGUGAAUUACAAUGGCGAUGUUGGACAAGAAAGGCGUGAACAAAAAUCAAGCUGAUAUCAGAAAUGAUGUCUAUAUAAAUUAAUUGAUAUAGAGAGAAUAACAGGCUACUUCCUGAUCUUUUUGUAAUAUAUCAGGCAAGGCUUAAUAAUAUAACGGCGAGGCUUGCCGAGCAGUUAUUUUAUUCGUGCCGAGCCUGAUGUAUUACAAAACGAUCAGGCAGUAACCUGUUUUUCUGUUUAUCAUACCUCUACGGCAACGAUUUUGAAUAAAUAAUGGAAAAACAUCGCUAAAAUGCUUCUUUUAGCGGAUAUUAUAUGGCUUUUGUCGUUUGACGUGUUAAUAAUGACGUCAUGAGUAUAAAUAUUUGUAUAAAGAGUGGUUUUUGCAGUUUGUGUUGCAUUUAGUGUUUAAAAUAUAUAACAUCUUGGUAUCAAUUUGUUUGUGCUGUUGAAUAUGAUUCGAAUUCACUCAAAAUGAUUACUUUAUAGUUGAUUCCGAGUAAUAUGACCUCCUAUCAUUGACUGAUAUAAGAACUUCCUGUUGACCAUGAUAUAAAAAAUAUAUCAGGCAACGUUAUAUCAGGCAGGUAUCAAUACGGUAGAACGAUACAUUCCUGUAAAUGUUAUGAAUUACUUUUGAAUGCUAGGAGCGUGCAGAAA